AUGGCCCAAGUUCCGGUGCAGACGAUCCAUCGGGAUCCCCAGUUGUUCUACUGGAUUCUAUUCCCGAUUACGGUGGUCAUGAUCUUGACCGGUAUCUUGCGACACUAUGCCAGCGUUCUCCUCGCAACCCCGCCCAAGAAGCUCGAAAAGCCUGCUCUGCGUGAGCAACGCGCCAUGAUGCAUGGCGUCGGCGUGCGAACCAACCACCAUGUCCUGUCCAAGAAGUCGUUCGAGGCGCGCCGCGAUGUGCUCGUCGCCGCUUACGAAUCCGGAGCCUACCUCAAGAACCCGGACCAGAAGGGCCAGCCUCCGGCGAACCCGCUUACGGACCCGGGCGCGAUGGACGGCAUGAUGGGCAUGAUGAAGAACAACAUGGCCAUGAUCAUUCCCAACACGCUCAUCAUGAGCUGGAUCAACGCUUUCUUCAGCGGAUACGUCAUCAUGAAGCUGCCGUUCCCAAUUACGAUCAAGUUCAAGAGCAUGCUGCAGGCAGGUGUUGCCACGAAGGACAUGGAUCCCCGAUGGAUGUCCAGCAUCAGCUGGUACUUCCUGUGUAUCUUCGGUCUGCAGUCUGUCUUCAACUUCAUCCUUGGAAGCGACAACGCCGCCAGCCAGAUGGCCCAGCAGAUGGGACAGAUGGGAGGUGCCCAAGCCGCUCCUCAGAUGUUUGGACCUGGUGUCGACCCCGACAAGCAAUUCAAGGGCGAGGCCGAGAACAUUGCUGUCGUUGAGCACUACUCUGUUCUGGAUGAUGUGGAGCAGAGACUGCUGUCGGGUAUCAAGUCAUAG